AUGCAAGAUGUGUCCGUAAGUAUUACUUGUGAGCCGUUCACAAUACCAGAGCCGAGAAAUAAAUAUUCGAAGGUACCGACAUAUCAGACAAGAACAUGCCAAAGAAAUGCUGGAACGACUUGCGUUCUUGAAUGCAGUAAUAGAUAUGAAUUUCAAAAUGGAGUAACUUCCAAAGCUAUCAGAUGCCGACAAGAGGGAGAAAUAAAAAUACUGAAGAAUGAAGACUGUAAAUACUGGAUAUCAGAUAGUUCAGUCAAUGGUAGACAAAAAGCUGCAGCUGCGUGCAAAGAUCGGGCAGGCCCAGGAUACGAGUUAGCCAUGCCUAAGACAGCGAAACAAGCCAAAUUUCUUUACAAUGAAAUGAGAUCCACCGAAACAUUUUUGAUUAACGCAUGGAGAAAUAAAGGGAAAUGGACUUGGGGCGAUGGUGAUCCAUACAGCAGCACGAGUACAACCUCCAAGAAGUGUGCGGUAUUGAAGUAUUAUCAAAGAACGGAAUAUCCCAAUUGUAAUCAGAAAUAUAUUUGCGAAAUGUGGGAUGAUACCGGAAGUAAUAAAAGUCCUUGUUCGUCACAUCCUUGUGUGAAUGGGGAAUGUGUCGUGUACGGCUGUAGCUACAAAUGCAAUUGCCCGCCAAUGUUUUGCGGACGCCAUUGCCGGGAGGGUCCGUUAACUGUUAAAUUUUCUAAAGACGAAUAUCAAACGACGGAAGGCGGAUCAAUUAAAAUAGACUUCGAAGUGGAAACAAAUAUUGCGGGAAAAGCUGAUUUUCAAAUAUUCAUAAAUGGGAAACUAAACAAAACAUUUUCCGUAAAUGGAUAUGAUUCUACAGAAGGGUCAACUCUAAAAGAUCUAUACACUCUAAAAGAUAUAACGCUCGACACGUACAUAAGUGGGAAAGGAAUACUGUAUAAUGGUUCUACAUUUACAAAUGUUCUGGAUUGCACAAAAAUAACCGUUACUGAUAAAACAAAUCAAAAUGCAGUGAACGUUUCUAAUGAUAUCUGCGAUGGAAAUAAGUUGACAGUAGAUUGGAACGAACUGAAAGAUUUCGGAUCACUAAAUUAUACAAUAAAGCUAAACGGAGAAAUCAGAGCAACUGAAGAACACGCACCUCACGAUUUAUUGAAACUGCAAAAGAACACACAGUAUGAGAUACAGGUAAUACCAGAGAUUGAAGGAUGCUCAAAUAAAGAAAAAUAUUUUCGGAAGUAUCGUGAAACAACCAGCCAAGGACCCUCUGGUUCACCAAGCAGUAUCAUGCUUUCAAAUACUGGGAAAAUUUGCAAGAUUAAAUGGAAUCAGCAAUACAAAAGAAACAUUGGUGGUUAUGCAAUAAGAAUCGACGAAAGAGCGAAAAACUCAUUAUCUUCCAACACAAACGAUGCUUCCAAUUUUUUGGAAAGACAAUUAAAUAUAACUUUUGAAUAUGCGUUUUCAACAAAUCCAAACUCACAAUAUAAAGUACAGGUUGGCACCAUUCCCCCAGCUGUGUGUCUCGGAAAAGUGCCGAUUGCAUGGAGUAAUGUUGCUACUGGUUGCUCUACGAAACGAGCAGCUCCGUCCGUAGUUACAACUCCAGCGAUAUACGACAGCGGCAAUCCAAAACAUAAUACAAUUACAAUACAAUUAAGUCCAGUUGAUGAAAGAAAUGGAUCGGUCAGUUGUUAUAUUGUUGUUGUUCAAAAACGUACAAAAGACGGAAAUGAAACAAAAAAUAUAAAAGAUGUUGACAUGAUGAAACAGUUCAAUGAUAGUGUGGAAGAUGGAGAUAGUUUUGUUGCGUUUGCCUUGAAUCGGUUUGAUGAAACUCAAAGAAUUGUUCUUGGAAAUGGUGGAACAACUUGCUGUGAUAUGAGUGGGUCGAAUGAAACCUGCGGGAGUAAAGACGACAAUAGUAGAAAAAAGAGAUCAACUAUCAAAAACAAUGUUGUGGAAGGAAAUAAUCGAAAGCUGGACAGUGCCAGCGAAUACCAACAUUAUAUUCUGGUUUCUGUUCCGGAUGAAGAUGGCGGUGAUCCUAUCAUUGUGGCAAGUGGUUUUUCCGAGCCGUGGUCUGUAACAAAGGAAACGGUUGGACAAGGAUCAGAUUUACCGCUCAAAAUCAUUCUACCAUUGGUGAUAGUGCUGAUAAUAGUUCUAACCGUGAUUGGUGUUGUAUUUUAUAAAAUUUAUAGAAGGAAACAAGCGAAGGAAAAUCAUGUGUAUGAUGAGAUUGCAAUGAGAAGUAUUCCACCAAAUCGAGACCAUCACGCACUUAAAGUAGUCGAGCAUAUGGAUGUUGAAGCAAAUAUUGAGCAACGGAAUCCAGCUAAAAUUAGCAAUCAACUACUUGGAAAACAUUCUUUUCAGCUGGCAAAUUUGUUUCAGUUGAUGAAUGACAAAAGAGUUGAUGAGAAUCUAUUAUUCUUACAGGAAUUCAAGAAUGAUGUUCCAGCAGCAAUGAAGUCAUGCAAGCUAACAGCAGAGAUUUCUAAAUUACCAGCAAAUCAACCGAAGAAUAGAUAUAAAAACAUAGUUCCGUAUGAUAACACAAGAGUUUUACUGCAAAAACUAGCUGGCGAUGAGUUCUCCGAUUACAUAAACGCAUCUUACAUUGACGGAUACAACUUUCCAAACAAAUUUAUUGCUACGCAAGGACCCAGGCAAAAUACCAUUACAGACUUUUGGAGAAUGAUAUGGGAGAAAGAUUGCUACAUUAUUGCUGCGUUGACUAGAUUAAUAGAAGACAAAAAGGUUAAAUGUGCACAGUAUUGGUCCGAGGAUGGUGAUCAGAGCAUCACGUAUGGAGACAUUAUCGUCAAUUUAAUCGAAAUUUCGAAAUGUGGAGACUUCGUUCGUCGUCGGUUUGAAAUAUCCAAGAACAAUGUGACAAGAGAAGUCCUGCAGUUCCAGUUCAUAGCAUGGCCUUAUCGUGGAAUUCCUGUUGCAACAUCGAGUUUGUUUCGAUUCCACAAAGCAGUGGCCCAUCCUCAAAGCGAAUCCGUAGGACCGAUUGUUGUGCAUUGCAGCGCGGGCGUGGGUAGAACGGGAACUUUUAUAGCUUUAGACAUACUUUCAGAACAGAUCGCCAAAUCAGAGAUUUUUAACAUAUGUGAAAUAGUCGGUAAGAUGCGCAAACGUAGGCCGGAGAUGGUCGAAACAUUGGAUCAAUAUAUACUUAUCCACAAACUAUUAUUCGAGUUAUAUCAGUCUGGUGAUUCAGAUGACGAUGUUUGUGGAUUCGAGUCAAAGUACAAAAACAUCAUGAGAAAAAAUGGUCAGUCAAAUGAAAUCGAUCAUGAAUUUGAGAUGCUGAAUUAUUUUCCACCGCUCGACACAGUUCAAGCUGCUGGAUGGAAGACGGAAAAUAAACAUUUGAAUUGCGAUCGGACAGUCAUUCCAUAUGACCACAAUGCGGUGUCAAUUAAGAUGAAUCCCGCUGACAAAUGUGUCCCGUAUUACAAUGCCAGCAACAUCACAUCCUACUAUCCGACAGACAUAUUUAUAGCAGCACAAACUCCAUCUUCGGAAAGUACCGAGGCAUUCUGGCGAAUGAUCUUAGAUAACAAAGUCAGCAUGAUUGUAUCCCUGUGUGAGAAAAACGAGAAGGCAAGCUACUGUUUUUGGCCCAACAAAGCAGAGGAGUGGAAUUACGGACCUGUGCAUGUAAAAACAACUUUAGAAACCUGUUCAGCGGGUUACACGAAAAGAGAAUUUGUAAUAUCACUCAAAGACAAAAAGUUGUCAGUUUCACAAAUUUACUACGACCAAUGGCCUGAACAAGUAAAUCCAGCGAAUUCUAGCACUAUUCUUGAGAUAAUUGCAAGCAUUGAAAGGCACAAUCGAACAUUGGCAAGUUCUGAGAACAUGACAACGCUUGUACAUUGCAGUGAUGGAUCUGGACGAACUGGUACUUUUUGUGCCAUUUCAAAUCUAAUCGCGAGGCUGAAAAAUGAAAAUCGUGUUGAUAUCUUAAGAACAGUGAAAGAUCUGAGGGAUCAAAGACCGAUGAUGGUCCGAAAUAAGGGUCAAUAUGAAUUUUGCUAUCAGGCUGUCAGCGACUUCCUUCAAUCAUUUCAUCUUUAUGAAAACUUUCAAGCAAAAGAAGGAAGCGACAAUAUGGACCAAUAACAAACAGUUCAUUGUUUUAUGUCACACACACAAGUAUCAAGACUUAUUUAUGUCUGCUAGCAAAUACAAUGUGUCCAGUUGAUAAAUCACAUAUUUGAUAAAAGAUUUAUAAAUUUUUAUUCCGAUCAUGAAUACUAAAUUAUGUAAUCAAACAUUUAUAAUAAAUAUCCGACAUUCGUGGGGUGUUUGGUCGUAGAUAAAAGAUUUGAGAAAUUUCAACGCAGGUUGAAUCCGUAGUAAUAGACAAUCGGAAUGAUGGACGAAACGACAAAUUUCAAUGAACAUUACAAACUGAAUAUCCGAGCAAAUUUAAUAUGCAAGAUUUUGGAUUGCAGCCAUGAGUGUAGUGAUUUAUAUGCUCAUGAACAUUCAGGCUCAAAGCAUGAAAAUGUGUUCGGGUGGUACUUUCUCAACAAUUGCUAGCAACAAAUAACUAUAAUGUAAUUUGUUUGUUGUCAAAUAUUGUUAAUAUUGUUUUCUUGUCAUUUUAUUUUCUAUAUUCCACGUUAAAAAGUUUUUUUUUUUUAUAUUAAAUCAACCAAAAAUAAGCUCUCUUUUCAUUUAUUACUUUUUGUCAUAUGAGUGUACUGGUUUGUGUUAUUGCGCUAGUUUAUCUCGUGAUUUUGCCAAUUUAGGUUUAAAGAGGGUGACAGCGUUUUGUGCUGUUGUGAUUUUGAGUUUAAUAAUUUCUGUUUUUAGAUCUUUUUUCAUGCAUCUAAUACUGUAUUAUAAAUUUUAUGUAUUCAAGUAUCUGUUAACUUGUUUGUAGUAUUAUUGACCGGAUAAAUCGGUAAGUUGAGUCGAUUUUUUUGUAGUGGUAUUUUAAAUUUCAUGUUGCAAAUUUUGUUUUUUUCACUGAAGUGUAUGUUGAUAUUGUAGCUUAAUAAGUGAACACUGUCUAGACUCUAGACUCUAGAGCAAAUUAUUUUUAUUCUUUCUUCUUUUAUUCAAAGCAAUUGCAAUUCAAUUGCAAUUUAGGGAUGUACUCGUUAUUGUAUAUGUUGUAUUAUCACACUUCUAGAAUAUUUCAUAGUCAUUAUUACAGUGUUUUGGCUGUGGUAUUAACUCUGAUGCAUAUGAAUCUCCUUAGCAUUUGAUGUACGCCUAUGCUCUAGUAAGACGUGCCAUAAUUUUACAUUGUAGUUUACACUUCACUGAGAUUCUUCUGAUUUUAUCGAAUUUUAUUCUGCCAUUUGAGCAUAAUUUUGAGGUAAAUUGCCCAUUGUGUUGGCUGGACAGUUUCGUGGUUUCAGUGGGUGAGUUGAACAAUGGUUAAUGAACCACACGACUACGACCCAAAUUAAACAAGACUCGUAACGUCGUGAAUAGCAGUCCUAAUAAUUUUUGUUAUUUUUCUUCUAACAAUGCUUGGAAAUUAUACGCGAAUAAUACGCGAAAUUUGGUCUUUCUUGACAGUAAGUUUUAUACACACAUCCUCGUUUUGUUUUCGGGGGCAUUUUUGACGAGCAUAUAAUAUAUAAACUUUAAAAAAUUAACAUGAAUUUUGAAAUCGUUCACUACGAUUAGGAAUGUUUCUAACUCACCUGAAAAUCGUCAGACAAGUUUUAAUCUAUCAAGCUGACAACACAAACCAGGCAUCAAAUUAUAGACCUAGUUUAAUUCUAUUUGCUUUCGAUGCCGACAAUCACAAAAUCGUAACUGUGGCAUUAUUGUGUUAAGCCAGCACCACAUCAACAUCUCAUUAUUCGCAUGGCAAACAGAUCACAAUAUGUUCAAUUGGAUACAUAUUGUUCUCUUGCCGUAACUGUGACCAAUUGGGUUCUUCAGAGCUCCUGUUCGGGCGCGACCAACACUGUUUUUGAUCUUUAUAAAUCACGGGUCGGCAAUAAGCUGUGCCAUUAUUGUGUUAAGCCAUCAACUUCUCAAUAUUAACAUGACUAACAGAUCAUAAUAUAUUCAAAUGAGUGCA